AUGCGCGUCGCUGCUGCCCUCAUCGCCACCCUGGCCACCGCCUCCGCCUUCCUCGCCCCCGCCUCCCUUCCCUCCUCCUCCUCCUUCCGCCGCACUCAAGGCCGUGUCUCCAUGGACAUCUCGGGCAUCGUGGGCUCCGACGUGGAGGUGCCGGAAUUCGACCCCCUGGGCCUGGCCAAGAACAAGGACGAGGAAACGCUGGGCUGGUACCGCGCGGCCGAACUCAAGCACGGGCGUGUGUGCAUGCUGGCCUCGGUCGGGUACCUCGUCCAGGGGCUGUACCACCUUCCCGACGGGCCCUUCGAGGCCUCCAAGCCCAUCGACGCCCUGCUCAAGGUCUCAAGCGAACGCCCGCUGGCCGCCGUGCAGAUCGCCAUCGCCAUCGCCGCCCUGGAAGUGCUCGGUGCCUCCAUCCAGAAGUACACGGCCCCGGGAGACCUGACCUUUGACCCCCUUGGCUUGAAGCCCGAAGACCCUGAGGAGCUCGCGGAGCUGCAGCUGAAGGAGCUGAAGAACGGGCGGUUGGCCAUGUUGGCCACGGCGGGCUUGGCCGCCCAGGAAUACGUGACUGGCCAGGGGCCAGUGGAGCAGCUGCUCUCGGGCCACAUCUCCCCCUUCGGUGACGGCCAAGGGGCGUUCUGA